AUGUAUACUGCUUGUAGAAAAUAUAUGGCUUCUUCAAUGGAGAUAAUUUCAAAAGAAAUCAUCAAGCCUUCAUCUCCAACCCCUAAUAAUCUCAAAACGUUUAAACUCUCAUUGCUUGAUCAAUUAACCUUGCAUUCCCACACCGCAAUCUUGCUUUUAUAUAAGUCCCAACAUAUUAACAAUAGUGAUAUUUUGAAUUUUUUUUUGUCUAAAACCUUAACAAAAUACUACCCGUUUGCCGGUAGACUCGAAAAAGAUGGCAUCACGGUCGAUUGUGGCGAUCAUGGUGUUGUUUUUGUGGAAGCAAAGAUUCUUGGGUGUAGGUUAUCCGAGUUCCAUGCAUAUCCCAGGUGUGGAAUGGAGGUAACGAUUGAUAUAUCUCAUAAGGUUGUAGAUGGAUGUAUGAUGGCUGCUUUUUUAAAUGACUGGGCUGCCACUGCACAUGGCGAAGUUAGACCGCCGCCUAUGAUCCUAGCUGCAUCAAUUCCAAGUUUGGAUCUUGGAUACAUGAUGCCGGAUAUUGUGAUCAACAAGGCUAAAACUUGUGUUACUAAAAGGUUUGUGUUUGGUGCACAAAAGAUAGGUUUGUUGAAACAAUCUGUAUCAGGGUUUGUGGAAACCCCAACAAAAGGUGAACUUAUAACCACAGUUCUUUACAGAUGUGUGGUUACUUCAUCAAUGGAAAAAAUGGGUUGUUUCACCAACUCAAAUCUGAUUGAGCUGUUGAAGAAAGAAAUGAAAGAACUCCACGAUGGUGGGGAUGGUCAGAAUCUACAUGAUUGGUUGUUAAGUGUUAGAGAAUCGGCAAAGAAUGCAAAGGAAUUGUUUGGUCAUGUUAAUGUUUACAGGUGCAGUGAUGUACACAAUGCGCCUUAUUACCAAACAAAUUUCGGGUGGGGAACUCCGAGAUGGGUUACAGUUCCAUAUUUGUUGGUGAGGAACAUGUUCAUCUUAUUAAACACACCAGAUGGAGAUGAGAUUGAAGCAAUGGUGACUCUUGAAGAAGGACACAUGAAACUGUGUUAG